AUGUUCCUCCAUUCGGGAGCAAGUCUCCACGGCCACGAAUACUCGAACCGCCCUCCCUCCAACAUCCAAUCCCCCGCCCACCUUCGAGGGCCGCUGCUACGUUCUACCUUCUCGCCACCGAAACAACGCGCGCGCGCUUCCACCGACGGUGCGCCGGCGCCUGCCCUUCGACAACGACCGGUCUCUGAUUACAUUCCGCGCCAACCCUCACCUGUUGUCCGCUUUCGAGACCCGCAGGACGACCCGCCGCCGACCCCCUCGACGCAUGACGAGUCGAUCUCCGAGUCCGAACUUAGCGAUGUGGCGCCCUCGAUCGACGGCGCCCUGCUUGCCCGCUCUGCGCGCUACCGGCGGCCGCGCCGAGCCCGGCGCAUGAGUACCACGUACUACCUGGGAUACCCCACACCGAGGAUCAUUGGGAAAACGAAAGUUGGCAGGUCAAAACCGGUGCUCGAGGUAUUCCCAGCUUCGCGGAUCGCCGGGCCUGUGGUGGCGCCCCGGUUGGCCGGGCGAUUCCCCGGCAUCUUUGGUGUCAAGCGCCAUCUUGGAUACGACGACAUUGUGCUGGUGCGGAGGGACGAUGGCGAGGCUAGUUCUGACGGCGUGGAGGGGGAGAAUGAGGAGAGUUUGGAGGGAAGGAAUCUGCUGGCAGUUUACAGCCCACUACGCCACUCGGAGGAGGCCGAGAUCGUGCUGGACGACGGAUCUGUCUGGGUGGCCAAACCUCUUCCCAGUGGGUCUUUCGACUUUGUGCACACCGAUGCCGAUGGCAAGAGCACGACGGUGCGGUGGGCGCGCAGAAACACGGUUGCUGGUACUCCAACAACCACAGACACGUCCAGUUCAUCCCUCGCACCCCAGACGCGAUACACAUUUAGCAUCAUUAACCCCCUAACGCGGCGCCAUCCGGUCAUGGCGACACUAACCCCCUCCACUCUCGACGUCCAAGAUACCUACAUCUCCGUUUCCCCCUCCCACGCCCGGCACCCACCCAUCACUCGCGUCGGCCGCUCUCAGUCCGUAACGACCCCUCCAUCAUUCGUCCGGGCAGCAGCGCCCUACUCCCCGUCCAAACUCUCUUCGACAGCCUCCACCAGCGACGGCGAGAACGACUCGGCAAUCUGCAUCCCGCCAUCGCCCGACCCCGAGUCACAGCGCACGACCCACCAAGUAGACGACGCAACUAAGACCCUCAUCUCGGUCACCGCCCUCUGGGCGCAACACCUGGACCACCCGCUCCUCAACCUCCGACGCGCCCCGCCCCGCCGACCUCCCCCCAAUAGUCGGGAACAAUUCACCCCGCAAUAG